GCCCCGCGGUCGGGGACACCGUCUCCCAGAGCACCCCGCGCCGACCCGGCGUCUACCUGCCGACGCCCACCGGCUGGGAGUUCUGGUGUCUGUUUCCCGUCCAGGACCGCAGGGCUCUCCCUGACGGCCUCCUGGCGGCCGCGGCACCGUGAUGGACAGCCCGGAGGUCACCUUCACGCUGGCCUACUUGGUGUUCGCCGUGUGCUUCGUAUUCACGCCUACCGAGUUCCACUCGGCCGGACUCACGGUGCAGAACCUGCUGUCGGGCUGGCUGGGCAGCGAGGACGCCGCCUUCGUGCCCUACCACCUGCGCCGCACGUCCGCCACGCUGCUGUGCCACUCGCUGCUGCCGCUCGGCUACUACGUGGGCAUGUGUUUUGCCGCUUCAGAAAAGCAGCUGUAUUCUCUUGGUCAGGCCCCGGAGGCCUGGCAGCUCUUCCUCCUGCUGGCAGUGACCCUGCCCACCAUCGCCAGCACCGUGAUCUACUACUGGUCCUGUGAUCAGUGGGCCCGCCACCCACUGGCCCGCACCCUGGCCCUCUAUGCCCUCCCGCAGUCAGACUGGUGGGCUGUGGCCUCCUCAGUCAACACCGAGUUCCGGCGGAUUGAUAAGUUUGCCACGGGGGCACCCGGUGCUCGUGUGAUCGUGACAGACACGUGGGUGAUGAAGGUGACCACAUACCGUGUGCAUGUGGCUCAGCAACAGGAUGUGCACCUGACCGUGACGGAGUCACAGCAGCACGAGCUCUCCCCAGAUUCCAACCUGCCUGUGCAGCUCCUUACCAUCCACGUGGCUGGCACCAGCCCUGGCGUGCAGGCCUUCGACAUCCGGCUGAACUCCACGGAGUAUGGUGAGCUGUGUGAGAAACUCCGCGCACCCAUCCGCAGUGCAGCCAACGUGGUCAUCCAUCAGAGCCUGGGCGACCUGUUCCUGGAGACAUUUGCUUCUCUGGUGGAGGUCAACCCAACUUACUCAGUCCCCAGCAGCCAGGAGCUGGAGGCAUGCAUUGGUUGCAUGCAGACACGUGCCAGUGUGAAGCUGGUGAAGACCUGCCAAGAGGCAGCUGAGGGCGAGUGCCAGCAGUGCUACUGUCGUCCCAUGUGGUGUCUCACUUGCAUGGGCAAGUGGUUUGCCAGCCGCCAAGACCCGCAGCGCCCUGAUACCUGGCUUGCCAGCAGAGUGCCUUGCCCCACCUGCCGUGCACGCUUCUGCAUCCUGGAUGUGUGUGCUGUGCGCUGAACCUUCUGGCUGGAGCAAAGGAGUGGCCUUGGGGGUCCCUGAAAGCCCUACCAGGGACCCCACAGCCACCAUGAGGAGUAGCCAGGGCUCCAGGCCCUUGUUUGUGUUGUCAUCCAGGGGCUCUUUUCCCAGCCUCAUGGAGCUUGAGGGUUUUUGUUUAAAAAGGAAGUUUUUUUUUUUGCAGCAGUGGCAGUGGGAUGGGACUUCAGUGCCUCUGCUUCCUUUGCUGCUUGUUUCUCCAGGUAGAGGCAGGUGCUGGACACGAACACGGUAUGGCGUGGGGCCCAUUUCCAGAGCAUUCUGAGGCUGCCUGAGCUAUCUUCUGGGAGACCAGGGGUCUGCCUCCAUGGCCCUACCCUGAACCACUUGCCUUAACUUUAUGCAGCACACCUGCCUCUCAGUUACACACCAGAACCAGGUUUAUCUAAGCUGGUUGCAGUCUGUCCUCCAGGCUUCUGAGUCCAGGCCCUGUGGUAGUGUCCCCUCCGCACCCCACCAGGCAGGCUGCUGUGAGGAUGCAGAGAGAGGGGUGCAAGUUCGGGGUGAGAGCACUAUGUGGGCUUUCUGGGUGGGGUGGCCCCUACUUAGUUACCUGCCCCCCCCAGAGGUUCUGGACUUACUGUCGGGCUGGCUUCCAUCAACUCCUGUAAUUCAGCUGCAUGCUUGGGGGGGGGGUUGCCUUUCUCCUGGAGGGCAUGCACCUCCAUGCCUCCUGCUGCCCCAGGAGCCCCGAAAAAGGCCAGGCCUGAUUCCUGGCCGGAGAUGGGUAUUGAGACAUCCUACAUCUGGACAAGUGCUUUGGGAGGUAGCACAGGGCCCACCACAGCUCUGCACCUGGAGUGGAAUGACGUGCCUCUUCCCCAUUCCUGGUGGCCCAUGGGGAGGGCAGGAAUAGCCCGGCCCACGUGGCUGUGGGUGUGUGUGUGAGGGGGUUCAUGCGUGGGGCCCUAAGCCGCGCCCCCCCUCCCCCAGCUGUUGUGUCCGCUGAGGUGAGGGACCCAGCUGGCGGCCAUCGGGGUGGGGCCGGCAAGCCCAGCCUCAGCCCCGGCUCACGGGCUGCCAGAGGAAGCCGGAUCGGGUUAUUUCUACUACUAGGGAAAGUUUUAUAAAGGGGAAUUUAUUGUAGCUGAGUGCGACGGUUCUUAAUAAAUGUUCGUCUGAAGUCCGUA